GACUGCUGGCUGCAAGUCACCUGCAGACUACUGCAGAGACUGAUCAGACCUGAGUAGUUGCAGAUGAUGCAGGUGCAUCUAUGGGAAAUGAGAGGGCUGUGAUCCCUCAGUCUUGGACAGGAUGCUUCUCAGUAUGUCAGUGCUGCUCUUCCACCCAGUGUUGCAGACAGGAUUCGCGGAGCCUCUCCUGCACAAAGAGACACCUGGCGUCUCCUGUGAGGGGGGUGGCUCCUUCCUUACAUGGUAUCUGAAUGGCGUAAAGCAGGAAGGGGUGUUGGGAAAGGAACCCCCAUACCUUGUACCAGUGGCUCCUGGGAGCUCCAGUGUGCUCACACUUAGAGAGAGUGGAGAAAACUGCAGUGAGUCAUCACAGAAAGGAGAGGAGUUGCUGAGAGUGCACUUUCCUCCUGAAUCUGCAGCCACUUCCACCCGAGCCCCUGGGCUAUCUAUGCUUCUAUUUUUGGUGGUCCGGACCCAACCUCACAGUAGUCUCAACCUUCAGGACCACGAUGAACGACUCAUACUCAACUCCUCUCGUCUGCUCUUGCUGGACACUCACAAUGUGGAUGGUAACGGAAGUCUGAGGGUGAGGGUCAGCACAGAGGAGAGUGGAGUCAGUCAUGCUUCUGUCACAGCAAUGGGUUUCCUCUCCACCCAGGUGCAACUCCCUCUCUUGGUGUUGGUCUUUGGGGGAUGUGGCAUGGUUGCAGGAAUACUUCUAGUUAAUAUAAUAGUCUGCUGCCUUCUGAUGAGGAGAAGAACAAGGAACUAUGCAGUUAAAAACCAGCUAAUACUCAGUCCCUCAAAUAAUAUGAAACUGAAUAACAGCUGUUUGCCCCGGGAACAUAUGUCUUUGCCAUCCAACUUACAGUUGAAUGACCUCCGACCCCAGGCCAUAGGCCUAAGUGAUGUUUCUGUAGGUGACACUCAGGAAGAUGUGUCUGCUCGAUGUGCAGCUCUGGCCAAUACAGGGUUUGACCGCUUCCCUCUGGUGGGCUACAUCUAUAAAGCCAACAGUGUGAGCAGUGAUGAAAUCUGGCUCUGAUGCCUCCCAUGCGGUCAAUCGGUCACUCAGCAAGGGAUUCCUCACCACUGCACAGGGGGUGCAAUAAAUAAAGACAAGGCUUGGAAAGGCAGACUGGAUUUCAGUUGUUGAUGUCAUUAAAAUUCACUAGUUCAGUUCAACCCAUUGGACCCUGGGCCAGAUUCUCUACAGCAAGUUAUAGGGAUGGAAAGUGAUGGUAAAAAGUGCAGAUUGGAGAAUAGUUCAAACCUUCAACUCAUAAAAAAUAAAAAUCUUGAAGUGGGAGGCCGGAGCGCAGGGUAUUUUAUUUUCAGCAUUACAUUAAACCGUAUCUCCAUUACAACUGAUAAUUGAAACUCUAUCUUAAAUAUAACUGACAUUCUGGAUUUGUUUAUACAAAGGGGAAAGUUUACCAUCACUUUAAGUAACUGGAGGUGCUACAAAAGGAAGUGAAAGGAAGAAGCUAUAUGGCUCAGAGGUUAAAAAGAGAGGCGUAUUGAGCAUGACAAGACUGUACAGAGCAGUACAUAGAUGUUACAGAGACCAGAAUUGAUAACCUCUCUAUGAUGUAUACUUUCUUGUUGCCUCAGAUUCUAUGGUAGAUGUGGAACCCAUCUUGCAAGGUUCUACAGUGCUUUGUCACUCCGCUGACCAUACAUACCAGGACAGUCUCUUUAUCCUACUAAUGCUUCAACAGAAACUGGAAUAAUGUCUUCCUUUUGCAUGUGCUGGGUGCUAUAGAAGCAAGCGGUGGGAUCCUCACAUUUAUGUAACCCUCCUCCAUAUGCUUACUGGCAAUAAACUGUGGUGCCCAGAA